AGUAUUUAAUUUUUAGUAAAACAUUUUUAUAUUGUAAAGGCUGACGAUUUUUGUAAAAAAUAUAUAAGGAUGUUAAUAAUAUGUAGAACUAAUAUGAGUUUUUUAUUGGAUAUUUAUUAAGUAAUUUUGAGUGUAGCUUUGAGUAGCGUGCAUUGUUGUAAAGAAACAACAGUUGUGCGGCACAAUGGGAAUUCUGUAGGGUGAGGGAUGGCGUGGCAGGGGAGCGACGCGGAGACCGGUGCCGCCCUUCGACGCAGUCUGGGCGUACGUUGGCGUACGAGACCAUGACGGAUUUCGAUCGAAAGAGAUACUAAAUAUCAUAGACGCCUUUAUCAGAGCGAGACACGUGCAAGGGGCGGGGCGCGGCAAUCGCUCAGCGAGCCGACCGGCAGCGCCCACAAAAGCGCUCAUUCGUCUCUCGUUUAGCGUCCGCUAUGUAAACGGGUCUUGUUGUGAAUCUAAACAAAAUCAGUCAGUCGUCGUUUUGCUGCCGUAAGAGCAACGCGUUGAGGGUCCCGCGCUCCUGUUCUUAGUAUGUUGUGCCAGUGAACGUGAUACGACACGAUGCACGCGCUCUUCGGUGAACAGAGCCCCUACGCGUACCGUAGUGGAGCCACUGGCGGGUACUCGGCUGGAGUCACUCCAUACGCGUACGAACAGUACCGAUACGGAUAUGGAGCACCCUAUCUUCAUCCCCAUCAACAACAUGUCGGCGCGCCCAAAGAUAUGGUCAAACCUCCUUAUUCGUAUAUAGCGCUCAUCGCUAUGGCCAUUCAAAACGCACCCGACCGUAGGAUCACUCUUAAUGGAAUUUAUCAAUUUAUCAUGGAGCGUUUUCCCUAUUAUAGAGAAAAUAAGCAAGGUUGGCAAAACUCUAUUAGACACAAUUUGAGUCUUAAUGAGUGCUUCGUGAAAGUGGCGCGCGACGAUAAAAAACCUGGUAAAGGCAGUUACUGGACUCUUGAUCCAGAUUCAUAUAACAUGUUCGAUAAUGGAUCAUAUUUAAGAAGAAGACGUCGAUUCAAGAAGAAAGAUGCUUUGAAAGAAAAAGAGGAAGCAUUAAAAAGACAACAACAAUUACAACAAGCGCAGGAGGCUUUGGCAGCUCAGGAAGCACUGAGUGCAGCAGACGCUUUAGGCCAAUCGCGAGAUGUUAAGCCCGAUGUGAAACCGAGAAUUUUUGAAUGUCGACCGAAAAGAGAACCAGGCGCCGAGUGUGCUCGUUACGAAAAACCUACCGAGCCUCUAGAUGAAUUUAGCGAACCUCGGUUACCACCUUCCGCCGUUUAUUGUUCACCGCAACCGUAUGCAUUGGCUGCGGAAGAGUUCAGAGCUGCAACAUCAGGCUGGUACACGGCGCCCGAACCGGCCACAGAGCAAUUGCCACCCGCGUUUCGUGAUUUGUUUGAGCCUCCGAGCUGCCAGUUAGCGGGCUUUCGAGGCGGCUCACCUGGCCCUGACACCUACCGAGCCUCUCCACCGCCCCACCAUCACUACCGCACGCCGGCCCCUUCCUACUACCAUCACCAAGCUUGCGUGGCAGCCGCACCGGCGCCAGCCCACAAGUCCUACUGAGGUACUGCUCUCAGGUAAUAAAUUAUCUCCUCUUAUUAUGCUAGCGCUCUGCGAUUUAAAACAUUAAAGUGGUGUAGCGUUCGCGAAAUAGGCUGUGCGAAUUGCGUCCGUGCGUCACCCUUGCGGCCGCAGGGUGGUCACCGUAAUGCUGUUCCGGGGUAGAUCGUGACGUGGUUGUGGUUGCAGGAGGCCGGCAUCAUACGGCGCCGAACGGAUUUAGUCACCCGCGUCAGUCCCAAAGCGGAUAAAUAUAGCGCAGUAGCCGGCGAUGCCACGAAGGCAAGUGGCGGCGCGUCGAUAACCACU